GGGAAGCGGGGCUGGUCGCAUCCACGUGCCAGCGGGCCGCGGGGGGAGACGAGCAGCCGUGGGCCCCGACCACUGCACCCUUCCGCGGGGGUGGUGUGGGGCGCCGCAGACUGCGCGCGGGGCUCCUCUUUGGAGCGCGCCGGGGUCGGUUGGAGUCGGGCAUGGCCUGGAGCCGGGCGGCGCUACUGCUGCCGCCUCUGAUGCUCCUGCUGCUGGCGACCCCUGUCCAGGUCUCCCCCGACUACCAUUACUUCGGCGAGCAGGGCGAAGGGGACAUCUGGGAGCAGCUGCGGCUGCAGCAUCGGGAGAAAGAAUUGGGAGACUCUGUCCUUGGCCCGUGGGGAAAGUGGCGCUGUUUCUGCGACCUGGGCAAGCAGGAGCGCAGCCGCGAGGUGCUGGGCACAGCGCCGGGCCCGGUGUUCAUGGACAGCGAGAAUCUGGUGCAGGUGCGGCCCUGCCGGCAACAAGAUUGUACAUCCUGCAAGCCGAUCGACUGCAGCUGGAGGCCCUGAGCCCGGCCCCGGCGGGCGAAGCUCCAGAGACACCGGGGCGAAGCUUGGAAAGCGACCCCACCCACUCCGUUCCCCAAACCGAGAGCUCGGCUGUCUGUCCCCGGAACUACAAUUCCCAGGAAGCCGCACGGCAGAGGCGCCGGCGC